AGUAAUUUUCCAGUAAUGUAUCUUUACUUUUACUCAAGUAUGGCUUUUGGGUACUUUAUACACCACUGCCUGUAAUUGAUGGUACCUCGGUGUUUACACACAGCCGGCGCAGAUUUCUCAGUUCUUCUCACUGUACUCUAGUCUGUGUCCCAGUUUAAACGCUUUUAUUUAGUCGUGUGUGUGUGUGUGUGUGUGUGUGUGUACAACAGGUGGCCAUGUGUGUAAAGACAGUUCUGUGCUCCGUCUUUUGAGCUUAAUGAGUUAAUGUAAUAUCUUCCUGCAGAAUUGCAGAGUUGAGCUGUGGAUGUGUCCAUUUAUUUUCUUGCCGUUUCCCUUAAGGACCCGGUUCCCGGUGCUUCGAGGCGCCUGCAGUCUUGACCAGAUAUCUAUGAUGUAAUGAAAUCUAUUAUCACAUUACUGUUCUCCAAACAAGCACGCGCUAUCCUUCCCGCUGACAUUGGAUUAGGGAACAUUGUGUAUCUAGAUCAUUUCUAUGUUAAAUAUGUGAGCAUGCACGGAAAACACACGCAGUAUCAACAGAAAGGAGUGUUGUUGUUGGAUCAGGGAGGACUGUGAAGUUUUAAAAUGUAUAGCCAUUAAGUCAACAUAGUGUUGUAGAGGGGGGAGGAAGGUGAGCUGAACUCUAGAUCACCUGCAGAUAUCGAGGCCACAGCGAGGAAAGCUGAUUUAAACAAGAUGCACUACAAAAGUAGCUCUUUGUUUGCUCCAAGUACAACCUGAACUACAGUAUAAUACUAAAUGGAAAAGAAAAGAAAUAUUCUUUUAAUAAAUUAUGAAUAUCUAUCCCUAAUAUCUUUGCUUGACUAUAAUUACUUCAUUGACUUUUAGAGAGCCCCAAAACUGAAUGAACACGAUGUCUCACUGAACAUGAUGUUGUUUUCUGGGUUACACAGAGAGAUGCAUCAUGUGUCCUUAUUAACAAUUACAUGUUGGCCUUUCUCAAACUCACCACUUGCCAGGCCACAACUUAAUAGUGUUUCCUCUCCUUAUCUUUCCUCUCUCCUUGGUGUCUUGUGUUAACAUCUGCCGAUCUGCUGGAGGCUCCGAAACUCAACCUUGCUUUUUACGCUCAAAUCAACCAGUGUUGUGGCAAACACUGUAGAGAAUGGGAACAAUGAGAGGCCAAAGUGAAGCAGCUGAUCCUCUCUCUCUCUUUCGCUGAACCCCCCCCCCCACCUUCCUUUUAAUGAAAGGAGCCAUUGUCUCUGGCCUGGAUUGAGCGACUCACACAGUACUUUUCCUUUUGAGGUCUUACAACUUUUGCCUGCUUGGAUAUAAAGCGAUUCGUUCCACUUGUGUAUUUACAGUAGUCACUCACACACUAACACUCUUUCAGACAAACGCGCACAAGCCGAGUCGCAACAAACGCGUAACGCGCGGCCACACACAUGUGCACAGCCACUCCAAUCAAACCGGGCUGACACUCGAACAUGCGUGAUGUGCGAGUGUCCGACAGCUCCGGUGGGUUCAGAAAUCUCAGAUUCCAGGCCCUCUUAGUCUGCUGGCCACCCAGCAAAGCCCCACCUCUCCCUACCUCAGCUGCCCUGCUUCUCUUUUUACCGGUUGCCUAACUCUCUCAGACCAGCUCCGAUCACCGACCAUUAGUCUCUUGCGUUGCUGGUGACCGAUCAGCACCGAGGAACGUGUCCUUGACCUCUGCUUUCUCUCUGGAUGGGACAUGUAAACGUAGAGCAUGUACCAGAGUUGUCAGGUUUGGUGUCUUUUUUUUUUUUUUUUUUUUUUUUUUUUUUUAAAAGAGGUUUGAGGUCAUUGGGUUGCUGAACAAGCUGGACCGGACCAGGAGAACCUGUAGCCAUGGCUGAAUUUCAAGAGAGAGCCAAGGUGGCCACCCUGCCGUCCCGUUCAUGCACGAGCGUACCGGGGACUGGCCGGCUGCAGAGACGGAUGGCUUUGUGCAGGAUGGAGGACUUCACCUUUGACAGCUUUGAGCUGCUUUACAGUGGAGCUGUCGAUAAGAUGAAAAGCCACAAAAGUAAUCUCAACGUCAAGGAGGAGCUGCGGAAGCUGCGGGAAGAGACCAACGUGGACUCUCUGCGGCAGGAGCUGGACAGGGAGCGAAGCAAGAGGAUAGACCUGGAGCAGAAGAUGAACGAGGUGCUCAAGACCAGGCUGGAGGACUCUCCGCCACUGCCUCCCCGGAAACAGCAGUCGCCCUCCAACAAUGGGACAGAUAAACAGCAGAAGGAGGUCUGGAGCUCGCGCCUUCAGAAGUGGGUGUACGAGCGCUUCGGGGUUUACAUCGAGGACUUCCGCUUCCAGCCGGAGGAAAGCACCGUGGAGGCCGAGGAACCGCUAAGUGCUAAAAGGUUAACGGAAAAUAUGAGGCGACUCAAGCGAGGAGCCAGACCUGUCACCAACUUCUUAAGGAACCUCUCCGCCUUAUCUAAUUGGCACUCCGUCUACACCUCAGCUAUUGCCUUCAUUAUCUACAUGAACGCUGCUUGGCAUGGCUGGGCCAUUCCUAUGUUACUCUUCCUGGCUAUCCUGCGCUUGUCCUUAAAUUACCUCAUCGCCAGAGGUUGGAGGAUCCAGUGGAGCAUUGUGCCUGAGGUCUCUGAACCCACGGAGCCUCCAAAGGAAGACUUGACCGUAUCUGAGAAGUUCCAGCUUGUACUUGACGUUGCACAAAAAGCACAGAACCUGUUUGGAAAAAUGGCCGAUGUUUUGGAGAAGAUAAAGAACUUGUUCAUGUGGGUGCAGCCGGAGAGCACCCGGAAGCUUUACAUCUGCCUGUGGGUGGCUUUCAUCACCUCCUGCGUCCUGCCAUACAAGCUAAUGGGCUUCAUGAUGGGCCUGUACGCCGGCAUCAAGUUCUUCAUCAUAGACUUCCUGUUCAAGAGCUGUCCCAAGCUGCGGGACAAGUACGACACACCCUUCAUCGUGUGGAACAGCCUUCCCACGGACCCUCAGCUCAAAGAGAGGACCAACGCCACGAUGUCGCGGCGGCUCUCUGGCACUGAGAAGGUUCAGCCGGUGGUUUCUAGGAGCAGCCUCGCCACCAUCCCCUGCGGGGUGAGCAGGGAGGAGGAGACGGGGCGCUCCCACAGCACCAAGAAGGGAGCGUUCCAUGAGAUCUUCAACCUGCUGGAGUCAGAGCGCCCUCUGGCGGUGUGUGAGAACGGCUGGAGGUGUUGCCUAAUAAACAGAGACAGGAAGAUGCCCACAGACUACAUCAGGAACGGAGUGCUCUACGUCACGGAGAAUUACCUCUGCUUUGAGAGCUCCAGCUCCAGAUCCAGCUCGUCCAAGAAGAAUAAAGUUAUCAAGCUGGUGGACAUCACUGAUAUACAAAAGUACAAAGUGCUGUCAGUCCUACCAGGAAGUGGGAUGGGCAUCUCUAUAGCUACUCCUUCCACUCAGAAGCCUUUGGUGUUUGGAGCCAUGAUCCACAGAGACGAGGCUUUCGAGGCCAUCUUCACCCAGUACAUGAAGAUCAUGACCACCACCAAACCACCGGCCAGCGCCGAGCUCUAGACGGCCUGUAUCCCGGUGACUGACCUCUAUACUGGGGCUAAAGUCUGGGGCAGAGAGCCUCCUGAGAUUCAACUGGACUGGAAGAUACUUAGAAGAAAAAAAACCCUGAGCCUCAUCCUCCUCUUGUGAUGGGCGUCAGCUUCCUCGUCGGAGGGGACAUCUGGGUGUGUCGGCUGCAUGUAGCUGGGGUUUAGUGACAUUCCACGCUGUUUUUAUGGGUGUUGGAUAAUUAUCUGAAUUAUCAAAUCAGCAGAAGGCUGGCGAGGGGGGGCUGGUUCUCCUCUCCCACCUGACUGGCUAGCUGGUUUCCUGACUUGUGCGCGCAGAAGUGAUGGUCUUAAAAGUGCGUCAAGUGGCUCUACUUUUCUCUGCGUCGGCGGAGGGACUUCUCCUGUGGCCGGAUGAUGUCGAGAAGUGCUCACCUUGGCUGUCAAAUGAAUAUCAUAAAACAAGUAGGAGGUAAACAGGAGGUUCUUUUAACUGCCAGACAAACUAGUAUGUGAAGUUAUAAAUCACCGCAAAAACAUUUCCACAUUUAACUGGCUGAUCGGUGCCUCGUGGCGUAGCCCGACAACGUUUUAUGAGUGUACAUGUGUGAGUGGUUAGUUUUUUUUUUUUUAAAUAAAUAUGUAUUCGCUGUGAAAAUGUCAGCUCACCAUUUGACUGACACAGAGCCUUUCUGUUAGUUUACAUUGCUGCUGUCAGAUUUAUUUCUUGCUAGACGCAUUUCAGCAGCAACGGUAUGUUUUUAGUCUUCUUCGUCGACCCAACAGAAAAUGUACGCUGAGUUGAGCUUCGGUGUUUGUAAGUGAGCGUAUGUGAAAAGUCUAGUGAUUUUUUUUUUUUUCUUUUUCAAAAAUGCCUCUUUUUAACAAACAGCCUUUGGGACGAGUAACUGGCGGUCCCGGAGCUGCUGAUUGCGUCCAAGACGAGAGCACAACCGCUGUUAAGACGGUUCAAACACUGACUGCCAUUUAGAGAGAGAGAGAGAGAGAGAGA